CAGUUCAUCAGGCUACCCUCUCUUUGCCUUUCCCACUCUUCCCUUAGCCUGUCCUUAUAUCGUGACUCUCUGCGUUUCAUUUCUGCUCUCCUUUCCUGGCCAUCUCUUCUUUACUGCAGUUGUCUGACACUCUACCCUCUGCCUCAUUUACUGGAGUUCUUGGCAAGUUUGGAAUUAGGAGCAAGCCCCGAAUACCUAGAGCUCUCCCUACACAAAGCCCAGCAUGGCAUCUGGCGUGACAGUAAAUGAUGAAGUUAUCAAAGUUUUCAAUCAGAUGAAGGUGAGAAAAGCUCAGUCUCCUGAAGAGAUAAAGAAAAGGAAGAAGGCUGUACUGUUUUGUCUGAGCCCUGAUAAGAAGGAAAUAAUUGUGGAGGAGGCCAAGCAAAUCUUGGUGGGAGACAUUGGAAACACAGUUGAGGACCCUUACAGGACCUUUGUCAAUCUUCUACCACUUGACGACUGUCGAUAUGGACUGUAUGAUGCUACUUAUGAGACCAAGGAGUCCAAGAAAGAGGAUCUCGUCUUCAUUUUCUGGGCACCUGACAAUGCACCUCUAAAAAGCAAGAUGAUUUAUGCCAGUUCAAAAGAUGCAAUUAAGAAGAAGUUCACAGGUAUCAAACACGAGUGGCAAGUGAAUGGCAUGGAUGAUAUUAAAGACCGAUCCAACCUGGCAGAUAAACUAGGAGGGAACGUGGUUACUUCAUUGGAAGGAGUUCCAUUAAAAUGAAGGAAAUUCUUGUAUUUUGGAAGCUUACAAUAAUUUAAGUAGCAGUUCCUGUUAUGACUAUAGGAAGUUUUUUUUUUAUUUAUUGAUUUUCUUUUCAAUUUCCUUUUACCUCUAUGAACUGAAUAAACCCUUUUGGUGCUUGAGAGAUGAAGUGAAGAACUAACAAAAGUACAACCAUAGUCAAACUUAAUGGAAAAGCAUUAAGGGUUUGUUCAUACAGCCUUGGAAUUGAUCCUGGCAAAGGAUAGCGCUUUCAGUUAAUUUGGAUGUCUUUAUACUUUUCUUUAAAAAAAAAAAAAAAACAGAAGCUAAAAAUAAGCUGUAAAAUGCAAGUGUAAAUUAAGCCUAAUGUAUGAUUUAAAUUCGGAUCCUCUGCCUUAAGCCAGUCACAGCCGAGCGAGUUCAGUGCGAGAAUCUCACAGCGUGUUAGUGCGAGUUGCCGUUUUGAACUCUGCUCCUCCGACAAGAUUGCACAGCAUUAUACUGAUUUUUAUAAUGCUGUGUGAUUCUGAGAGACUUGGAAUAUACUAAAUUAUACUAACAGCAUUAUGUCAGUGUUAAUGCAACAGAUUUCAGGUCUCGCAGGGUCACACAGCAUUAUAAAUCAUUAUAAUGCUGUUCAAUCCUGUCAGAGGAGCGAGGCCAGAACGAGAAAUCGCAUGGACACACGCAGCGAGUUUCUCGCACUGAACUCACUCGUCUGUGACUGAUCUUAAACUUAAUGUACUUUUUUUAACAGCAUGCCGUUUCUAGGUCUAACAUUCUGUUUCAAAUUAAAAUAUAAAAUCCUAUCUGCCUGCAGCCACCUCUAGGGGAAGCGCACAAGCUUUCUGCAAACAGUCUUUAUAAUUGAGUUUGGUGUGUAAUAUGCUACUAUAUUCCCCCUAGUGAUGGCUGCAUGCCAACAGAAUUUUAUUCUUUAAUGUGGUUGUCUCAUGGCGGCAACCCUGUCCAUUUUCCUUAGUCAGCAUAUGGACCUCAUAGAGGGGGAUCCUCUGUUUGGGACCCCUCCUCUAUGUCCUAGAACAGAGGGCCGCUCUGACAGACCCUAUAAAUGUAAGCAUUACAUCGACGACCAUUCACAGAAAUGGCCAUUAUGUAAUUCUAUGUUUUUCCUGCAGUAAAAGUGGAGAUGUAUGCCUUAUGCCUUAAUGCAGUAUUCCCACAGUAACAAUCGCUUACAACUGCGGGAUAGAUAAGCAGGAACUGCUGCGAUCAGUUGGUUAAUACACCAUAUUUUUUUAUAAAAUGGCGUUAUUUUCAUGAGCCACCCCCUUUAACGUGUAUACAGGCGAUUUGGUG